AACAUGAUUAUCCGUUCAAUUUUGACGCAACGCAGUGUUUUGCGUUGCGUUCAGUUUGAAGUAAUGGAAUUUAAUUACAGCACACACAGUGAAUGCGUCCUGACGCGUUUCCCUGUACUAAAACGUUCAAAAUUUUCAAAAUUGUUGCGUCCGUUUGGCGAAAGCAAGCCAUGAGUUUUAUUUUAAAAAUGUCAUUUUCUAAAAUGGCCUCCAAGGAACAAGAACGGCGUCGGAACGAGGUUCUGAUUAACUUGGUGAGGAAUCGGCCAAUUUUGUUCGCGAAAAAGUCGCGGGACUACCGCCAGGGCAUAACGAGGUGCAACACGUGGAUAGAGGUGGCGAAGGAAACAGGAGAACCUAUUGAAAAGGUGCAGAAGCGGUGGAGAAACCUUCGGGACCGGUUCUGCAAGACACUCAGGGCUCAGGAGGAUGCAACAAAAUCUGGGGCGGGGGCCUCCAGCAGCAGAUCUUCCUUCGAAUUCUUCCAAGAGCUUAUGUUCAUUAAGGACCAUGUUACCCAGCGGGAAACUCAAGGCAACUACACAGCCGUCCCAGCAAAUAACGAAUUGUUGAACGAAGACAUUGAGAUUAUCGUUGAAGAGUACUUGGAAGAAGACGGUGAAGAAUCUCCAGAAACCGAAGAGGCACCUUACGAACAACCAGUCGAACCCGUGGACAUAAGAGCUCCGCCGGUCAAUGCAGCGCCUUCCGCUUCGCCAGGAGGUGCCACAACAUCGCAAUCAAAGCGGCGUAAAAGGAAGAUCGACUUUGCUGCUUCUUCGGACCAACUGCAGCACUCCAUUUUAGAGAAGCUUGGCAACCACAUGGACUCGAUGAAGGCACGUGACGUCGGAAUUCGUCCAUCUGGCUUCGCGUUGAUGCUGACGGAGCGGAUGGCACAGCUUCCGCGACCAGUAGCGUUACAACUCGAAAUGGAAAUCCUGAAGUUGGUGAACGACAAGUUGAUGGAAGCGGAGAACCCUAUCUGAGCUCAAAUAAUUUUACUCUUUCUUUUGUUUUCAUGAAUAUAUGCGUUGAUUGUUUUUGAGUAGA